GGCAGUGCGAGCCAGCCCCGACUGCUCCUCCUCUUCCUCCUCCUCCUCCAAACUCGCAGGGUUCAGCCCCAGCGCUCGCCCAGCCGCCGGAGCACCCGGAGGGACGGGAGGCAGCCGCGCGGCCCCGAGCUGGGCAGGGUCCCCGGCCGCCAUGGAUAGCGACGACGAGAUGGUGGAGGAGGCGGUGGAAGGGCACCUGGACGACGAUGGGUUACCGCACGGGUUCUGCACCGUCACCUACUCCUCCACUGACAGAUUUGAGGGGAACUUUGUUCACGGAGAAAAGAAUGGACGCGGGAAAUUCUUCUUCUUCGAUGGCAGCACCCUGGAGGGGUACUACGUGGACGACGCCCUGCAGGGCCAGGGCGUGUACACCUAUGAGGACGGGGGCGUUCUCCAGGGCACCUAUGUGGACGGGGAGCUCAACGGGCCGGCCCAGGAGCACGACACAGACGGGAGGCUGAUCUUCAAGGGACAAUACAAAGAUAACAUCCGGCAUGGAGUGUGCUGGAUAUAUUACCCAGAUGGAGGCAGCCUUGUAGGAGAAGUAAAUGAAGAUGGGGAGAUGACUGGCGAGAAGAUCGCCUACGUGUACCCCGACCAGAGGACGGCCCUUUAUGGAAAAUUCAUUGACGGGGAGAUGAUAGAAGGGAAGCUGGCCAUGCUGACGUCCACAGAGGAAGGACGGCCUCACUUUGAGCUGAUGCCUGGAAGUUCGGUGUUCCACUUCGACAAGUCAACUUCGUCUUGCAUUUCUACCAAUGCUCUUCUCCCAGAUCCGUAUGAAUCAGAGAGGGUUUAUGUUGCUGAAUCUCUCAUUUCCAGUGCUGGUGAAGGACUGUUUUCAAAGGUCGCUGUGGGACCUAACACUGUUAUGUCUUUUUAUAAUGGGGUCCGAAUUACACACCAAGAGGUUGACAGCAGAGACUGGGCCCUGAAUGGGAACACCCUCUCCCUUGAUGAAGAAACGGUCAUUGAUGUGCCUGAGCCCUACAACCACGUGUCCAAGUACUGUGCCUCCUUGGGACACAAGGCAAACCACUCCUUCACUCCAAAUUGUACCUACGACACGUUUGUCCACCCCCGUUUCGGGCCCAUCAAAUGCGUCCGCACACUCCGAGCUGUGGAGGCCGACGAGGAGCUCACUGUGGCCUAUGGCUAUGACCACAGCCCCCCGGGGAAGAGCGGGCCUGAAGCCCCCGAGUGGUACCAGGUGGAGCUGAAGGCCUUCCAGGCCACCCAGCAGAAGUGAAGGGCCUGGCUCUGGGCUUCAGAGGCCUGGAACAGAAUCUUGGAUCUAUGCACUACGUUUAUCCAACUACGGGACAACCAGGGACUGCUCGUGCUGUGCUGUGACAUCACAUCCUCUCACUCUGCGUUCGCGACUUUCUCGCCUACUAACUAGGUUUGACUGUAUUACUCAUACCAGAUUUAAAAUUAGCUAGCCUUGCAGCGGCGUCCCACUGAGAGGCAUUGUCGAGCACUUGACAUAGCAUGAUGUUCUUGGGUGGUUCCAGUCUAAAUCUGGACCACGUUCAGAGAUGCCAAAUGAUCAGACUGAAAAAGGGAAAGAGGGGUUUCCAGUCAUUUUCAGUCCGUGGUUUUUCCAUGAUGUUUUUUCCAAUGGCCACCGCAAGGUGUGUUGCUAGCGCUCCGGCAGGUGGGCCGUCUGGAGGGUAGAGAAUCACUACAUUUUUAUUCUCUAAAUAAUUUGUAGUAUAAUUUGCCUUUUAACCUUUGAUCUGUAUCUUGCAAUAGAAUGGCUUUGUUUUUUUCCCUAGUGAACAGAACCCCGCUUUUUGAGUCACUUCACCCCUCAGUCCUGUUCUCUAGCUUAGGCACCUUUUACAGGAGAAAACGUCCACAUGGAUUUUGUGUCAGUGCCAGUACGUAGGUCUCUCUGGCUCUUUCUCUAUUGUUUUAUUAUUAUGUCCUAAUAUAAAGCUCUGGUGCCUAGGGCUGGCAUAUUAUUAUAGAAUUAGUAUUCUCGCAUGUAAACAGAGAUAUCUUUGCGUUAAGAUGUGAAAAGGAAGAGUUUACUUUGUUUGCAUUAAGUUAUGGAAGAGUUGUAAUAUAUAUUUUCAGGAAGAAAAGAGGGAAAUUAGUAUUUCUAAGCAGUAACUGUGGCAAUUUUGCAAUAUCUUCAGUAGUGCUAGUAGUUUUUUUCUUUGUGCAUACACAUUAAAUGUACAUAACAUAGAGCAGUCUGGCUUGUGGCACAGUGCAUUGAACUCAAAAGUCAACUCGCAAACUUGAAUUCUAACGCAGAAUUCACACGUUAUGUUUUUUUUAAUCGCUACUAUUAAGAGAGACAUACUGAUCACUAGGUACAAAUCAAACCUGAACGCUAAAACUCUUCAUCAGUGUAAUUUCAAAGUACUUAUCUGCUUCAGAGCAUUGUGAAUUAAGAAUAACACCUGUAUAGUUUUAAAGCAACGCUAUCAAUAGCAUUUCAGCCUUUUUGCGAGCCAUGUGUAAUCACAACUGCAGAAAUAAGAAGGGAAAACCCUGUUUUUAGUUUAGCUAACUAGGUAUCUAACAUGCCUGGGAUCGCUCUGAAUGAAUUCUGGGAGUUCGGGGUUUUUGAAAGCGCGCACCCCGCCACAUGCCAUAGCUAUGUCUUCUCUAGAUGCCUCAAUGAGGUAGCCAGGAGGUCUGGCGAACAGCAGCAGUGACUCUGACCUGCAAUUGUCAACAGUAGCGCCUGUCACCCGAGCCAGUUUGGUCCCGAAAGCCAAAGCCUUCCAAGCUGUGGCCAGCAGAGAGCUCUGGCGGAACAGAGGCGGCUUGCUGGGAGGGGAACAAGAGUCAGAAACAGGCAGGUGGAAGUUGGAUAGUUCUUGUCAGUUUCACAUUGCUCUUGGAAGUGCUUAACACAGGGCUGCUCACAACCUUCAGUUCGGGCCCUGGGCACGGGUUGCAGCCCUUGAGGCGGCGGCGGCAGGAGCAGCCCUUCCGUUUUUGGCAAGGCCCGGCUUGUGGGAGCUCCCUUCCCCAGCAGCCCCAGAGCAGCGGGGUGGCGUGGUGCCAGCGAGGCCAGCUGAGGCUCACAGGUGAGAGGUCGUCAGGGCCGCCCAGACAGAGGACCAGAGAGAGUUUUUAGAUUAAAAGGCACCAGGAUAGGAUCGCUUCUAUUCUGUAGAAAGAGACCGUUCUGUAAACUGUGACAGAUAAGCCGUCUUGGGGCGUGUGUUCUGAUAGGUGCUUUGAUUCAAAUGGGUCCCAGGGUGAGUGACUGUUUGCAAGGGAAAGAUGGUGUUAAUUAACCCCCUCAAGUUGGAUAGUGGAGUCAGAUCCAGGAGGGAGGUCAGGGACAGGACAACCAGGUCACACCUCUGAUGCAGCCACACUUCGAAAGAUUUCAUUUCUGAGGCCCGUCUUGCUCUGGUUGAGACUACAGUGGGUGUAAUUUCUGUCCUAAUAGGUUACUCUAGUUACCCCAUUCAAAUGGAGUCUUUCUUCUCUUUCUUUUUUUUCUUCCUUCCUUCUUGCCUUUUUCUCUUUUCUUUUCUUUUCCUUUUUUUUUGAUAAAAGUGAUCGAAGAGGUGUAAGUGGUGAUUAACCAACUAAUCCAUUGCAUAGUGGAUGAUAACACUCUUUAACACCCAGCAGUGUGUUGACCUUCAGACAAAUCAGAGGAAAGCCCUUCAGCGGGACCUCCUCUGUCUGUCUCCCUCCUCUCCUUGAGUGCCCCUGGCUCUUCCUUCUCCUGUGCUCUGCUCCCUCCUCCUCCUUCCUCCUGACAAGGCCUGGGGGUCUGGGUAACAGCAUCCCCAGCUGACCUCUUCCGCUGUUCCUCUCUCCCCCUCACAUUCUGAGCUUCUCCCUUGCUGGUGUCUCAGCUUUGAGGGCCCCCCGGACCCUCUCUUGUCUUUCCGGCUGCGGGACCCUCACUCCAUCUACUCAGUGCCAUGUCUGGCCGCCUCGUUCCUGCUCUCCCCUGCCACACACACUCACAAAUGUAAGACUUUGUCAGGGGGUAGAAUCGGACGGGACUUGAGAUUCACUGUGAUCCACAGGUAGGAAAAGAAGUUGAGGGGGUUGAUGUUCCCUAAGGAGUAACUGAUGAGUAACUAAGGGAUUGUUUCUUGUUUGAGCCAAAGUUGACGGGAAAUCCUCAGGAUGUACUUUUCUGCUGACUCUUUGCAUCUGUCAUGGAAGCUAGUGGUUUUAUCAGCAUCAUGACCACAAGAGAAAUGUGGAAGAUUCCAUGUGGUGGGGAAUCAAGAAAUCACUUUUGCCUUCUCCAAAACCAGCUGGUGCCUGAGGGUGCACAGGACGCCACAGGCCUCAAGGGGAUUCACUCAGAGCCGUCUCAGCCCAACUCCUGCAUGACUAGAACUUUCCUUAGCAGCUUUUCUGUGAUUAAAUAGUAUCUUGUGUUAGUUAGGAAUAGGAACUAAUCUGUAAGAGUACGUCCCCAAAUGGACAUUGGAAUGGACUAACAAAAACAACUGUAGGAGCUGAAUUUCUGAUGCAAAGGAAUGAUGACAUUAAAAAGCAACAGGUGAGGAAGACUUGAGUUUUGUAGGACCUAUUCUAAUUUGAACCUGCUUCAUCCCUGGUCUACCUGAGAAACUAAGAAGGAAAUUCAUUUUUCAAGACCUCUUUGAACCUGCCCGGAGCCGUGGUUAAACUCACUGUCCCUCUGGAGGUUCUUCACACUUGAAAAAGUAUUUCCUCAUCACCAACAAUCUGAAAAGGCCAAGGUGGAAGCCAAGUGUAACCAUUUACCACAUUUAAUUGUAACUUAAAAUUGCAGUAACUGUGAACAGUGAAUUCAAGGGUUGUAUUCUCAGUGAGGCAGUAUGUGGCACUUUAGUAACUUUCCUUUAAUAUACAAAAUUGUAAGUCACUCAACUGCAAAAUGCAUUUAAGAUCUUCCAAGAAGGAAUAGUUUUCUGUUUUGCCUUGUUUCAAAACAGUUGCCUCAAGUUUCUGUCUUAAGAGUAGUGAUUUAGAAUCCAGACAUCUUUUGUUUUAGAAAAACAAGCAAAACUAUGUUGCAAGAGUGAUCGUUGUGAUGUUUAUUUGCCACAGAUCAAAGGUUCACAAAAUAUAUUAAAUUUACAUCUACUGGAGGUCCCCUGAUAGAUUUUUUUUUUUCUUUGAUCUUUCCCUUCAGGAAUUGGAGCCUCAGUGUCACUUUUUUAUUUUAAAAAUUCUAAAUUGUAAUGGUUUUAUUUUGCCAAAUGUGUGCAUACAUAUUCAAAGCAAUGAAACAAUUUCAAGCCAUACAACCACAGAGGUGGAAACCCUUUUCACAAAUUUUAAUGUGUUUGUAUGUAAAUAGAUGUUUGUAUGAACUAUUUUCAUGGUAGAAUGAAUAUAUUUAAAUGAAGUUGAAUUAUUCCAGUGCUGUUUAAACAAAUUACAAAAUUUUUGGUGAAAAUCUGAGUCUAUUGAGAUAUAAUGCAGAUCAAUUUUGAUUUUUAAAAAUCAAAAGCCUGCAAAUAACUCUGACCCAAGGCAACUUCCCGGUGUUGUUGCAUCUGGUGUGGAGAGAGCUUGUAGGCUUCCCCAGUGCCUCAGCCGCUUCCUGGUGUAAGUUAGGUGCUCGUGGAGGUGUGUCCACCUUUUAGUGACACCACUCGGGGCCUUUGAGGGCCUGCGAGUGGAUUCAAGGCAUUAGAGACACUGGUGCAUUUAUCCAGAGCACAAUUUCUUUGCAGGGCAGCAGAAUCAGAAGCCAGACGUGGCCGUGUGAACCUCUGAACUGGGUUUUCUGGCCGCCAUCAACCGCCACCCUUACUGCCUAGUCACACCUGUCAGGGAGGCGGCCCUCAGUGGAGUUGGGGCCCAGGCCCCGGGGUGGGACUUCACCGUUUUGCCAGCAGUCCCCGCCGCCUGACCUCCACCUCGCAGAGGAAGGAGGAGGGCGCAGCUGGCAAAGGGCCCAUUUCUCAGCACAGUACGUUUCCUGUCUCAGCUCUGGGAGACUAUGCACGAAGGCACCGAACUUUCCGACCAGAGAGAGACGCCCUCGGAUAACGUCAGUCCUCGCUUCCUCUGUCUGUGACUUCAAUCCCAAGACCAAUCACAUCCCUAGGACAUACCUCCCACCGUCCCUGACUCUUAGGUUACUGAAAUUCUCCUUUAUAAUGAUUUUCAACGUGAGUAGGGGUUUUCUUUUUCAGCUUUGGUCCUGGGUAUAAUGAAAUGAUCACUUUUAUGACAAAUUUCACUGUGUAUACUAGCAAUAUGUACACACCUGCCAAUGUAUCUUAACAUAUUGACUUGGUUACAUUUUGGGUUACUAUAAUUAAUCUUGAUUCAUGUAUUGGGAAAUACAGGGACUAUGUAAUGCCUGCUUAUCAUAGUAGAAAUUAAGUUCAUGGUUCUGAGCUCCCUCCUUCAACAGCUUUUUCCUCCUGGGUUUUCUACAUUCUCUUUUUAUUGUGAAAUGCAUUUAUGAGGUUGUGAGGUAUGUUUACGGAUUGGAAGCCAGGGGUAUGCUUUCAGCAUUUAUUGCAACCAAAAGUUAACCCCAGCACAGUUAACGAGCAUCUUUGACUGGUCUUCUGUGGAAUUUGAACUAAAUCUAUGAGCCUUAUUCAAUAUCUAUAAUUCUAUGAUUUUUUUAAAUUAUGGGAAAUUAAUGAAAGAUGUUUACAUGAAUAAUGUUUGCCCUUACUGUGUUAUGAAUGAGUUUUUUGUAGUGUGUCUGGGUGCAUGUGCAAGAGAGUAGGAAAAAUGUUUCUGAAACAAAACUUGACAAAUAUUUGUAAUGAAAAGUAAAUUUAAAGAUUGCUAUAAUUGCGCUAUAGAAACAAUGCAAGUAUUAAACGAAAUAUACAAUCAUCUGUCAUUGU